AAAAAUGUUUCCCUUCUCUACCUCUCCUUCGAAAAAGCAUAGAAAAGUUUGGGUUUCGGCUCCUCUCGAUUAUCGAGAUCGCCCUCUAGAAUUGAAGUAUGGGAAAGAGGAAAUCAAGAGCAAAGCCUGCUCCUAAGAAGCGAAUGGAUAAGCUUGACACCGUUUUUAGCUGUCCCUUCUGUAACCAUGGAACGAGUGUUGAGUGCCGCAUUGAUAUGAAGAACUUGAUUGGUGAAGCAUCUUGCAGGAUAUGCCAAGAAAGUUUCAGCACUGUCAUAACAGCUUUGACUGAACCUAUAGACAUAUACAGUGAAUGGAUAGAUGAAUGUGAGCGGGUUAACAACCCUGAAGAAGAGGAUGUGGAUCAGGAUGAUGAUGAUGAUGUUUAUGUGCCCAGAAAACGGGUUUCAACAUCCGAAUGGGAUGAUUAGUAGUAGCCAUCAACAUUUUAGAACUUUGCUAAGCCUGUAAUUAUGUUGCUUCUCUGGGGGGAAUAGUUGGUGUGCAGGUAUGCAUAUUUAACAGCAUCUUAUGAUGUGAAUAGCCUAACUGAUCCAUUAUAUGCCAAGCAAACACUUUGUGGAAGGGCUAUCAGAUACUAUUUCGUGUUGUGUACUAACCAGUUUAUGUUGACGUAAUGCAAUUAUGUGAUACUAUUAAGA